CAAUAAUAAUAAUAGACGGCAAUUUCACCAUGAGCAGCUCCUCAAGCGAGAAGAGCGCUUUGGUACUGGAGCUGGGGGCGUGUUACGCUCGAUGCGGCAUCUCUGGGGAGCGUUCACCUCGAUGUGUGGAGCGCUGGCAGGUGGGGGAAAUGCUUCACAAGCCGCUGAGCGCUGCCGAGUGGCGCCAAUAUCUGUACCCGAAGCUUCACAGUUUGUGCUUUGAGCGGCUACUGGUAAACCCGACGCGUCGGCGUUUCGUGGUGUGUGAGGAUCUGCUGCUGCCGCGCGUAUUAAGAGAGACACUGCUCAGCAUACUGUUCGACGUACUCAAGGCUUCAGCGGUAACGUUGGUGCCAUCGAUGAUGUCAGUACUCUACGCUACAACCAAUCACACCGCGUUAGUGGUGGACUGCGGUUGGGUGGAGACGAGAUUGCUGCCAGUGUUUAAGGGGAUUCCUUUGCCGUAUCUCUACGACACUGUUCCUGCUGGCAGUCGGAACUGCUGUGAAGUCAUUCAACGAGAGCUAAAUUCUACUCGUGAUCAGCGUAUGGGCUGCUCUAAGAAUGUCACACAUGUGACUGAAGCCAUGGCGGAGGACAUUCUCGAGCGAGCGUGCUUUGCGCAGCAUAAGACGGAAGAUAACGGUGUGCUGCAGAUUCCCGGCGAUCUUCGAACCGAGGUCGUGGAACAGCUACUUCUUGGCGACGAAGGCACGGAUGGGACGUCCAUUGUCGAUGGCAUCGUUGGGGUCUUGAAGAGGGCUCCAGUCGAUGUGAGAGCGGCACUGCUGGAAAACUUGCUCUUGGUUGGGGGGACUGCAAUGAUUCCUGGCUUGGCGCAACGUGUGGUGGCUGAAGUGUGUGAAGCUUUACAUCACGACAACGAGUUCGCAUCUGCAUCAACUGCUGUUGAUCGAGCGCAGCUUGUUCAGACCUCCUUCCCACGGAACAUACUCGCCUGGGUUGGUGGCUCGAUUUACGCUGCCACUGAAAGCGCACGCGUGUCGGCUAUUUCGUCGCAAGAGUAUAGUAGCUCCAAAGGUACCGGUAUCCCUGACUGGCUCACUGUCGCUGACGAGGAAUUCUAG